UCUCCUUCUUUGCUUACUGAGUCACUUCCGAGUUUACAUUAUGAACUCAGUUCCCUUCAUUUUCCUUCUCUUCCUCUCUCUCGGCCUCGCCGGAGCUUCCGAUUCUGCUCCGCCGUCCGCCUUCCUCUGUAAAUCCACUCUCUAUCCUAAGCUUUGCCGUUCCAUUCUCUCCUCCAUCCGAUUCUCCCCCUCCGAUCCAUACGGCUACGGAAAAUUCUCCGUCAAGAAGUGUCUCAAACAGGCGAUCAAAAUGUCGAGCGUUAUCGGCGAGUAUCUCAACCGAGGAGGCGAUUCGAGGUUGAAUCGGCAGGAGGUUGGCGCUCUGGAAGACUGCAGAGAGCUUUCCGAUUCGAAUGUGGAGUUUCUCCAGUCGAUUGAUGGCGUAUUGGAGGCAGCGGAGGGCGUUGAUGAGGAACUGGUGGAGCGUAUUGAGAGUAUUUUGAGCGCGAUCGUGACGAACGGCCAGACUUGUAUCGACGGAUUGGUGGAGUCGAGGAGUAGUUUGGGGAAUGCGCUAUCGGCACCGCUAUUGAGCGCGGGGGAACUGUACAGUGUAUCGUUAGGACUGGUUAAGAACUCGCUGUCACGGCGGUGGAAGAAGCGGAGGCAGAAGGGAGACGGCGAGGGAGGGAAUUUCCCGGCGGCUGCGCAGAGCAGAGAGCCAUUGAACACGCUGAUCAAGGGACUACAUAUGAGUUCGUGUAACCAAUCCACAAAGUGUUGGGGAAGGAAGCGCUUGUUGACUGAUUUGGGCACCACAGGAAUUUUGAUCAACAACACUGUGGUUGUUAGCUCAACAGGUGCUGACAACUUCACAUCAAUUGGCGAUGCAAUUUCAUUCGCUCCCAACAAUUCAAUGCUUCAAGAUGGCUACUUUGUUAUCUAUGUUAGACAAGGAUACUACGACGAAUACGUUAUCGUCCCCAAGUACAAAACCAACAUAAUGCUCAUCGGAGAUGGCAUUAACCGAACCGUCAUCACGGGGAACCAUAAUGUCGUCGAUGGUUGGACGACUUACAAUUCCUCUACCUUUACUGUUUAUGGGGAUGGAUUUGUUGCAAUAGACAUGACAUUCAGGAACACAGCAGGAGCAGAGAAGCACCAAGCAGUGGCAGUGAGGAACAGUGCAGAUCUCUCAACAUUCUACCGCUGUAGCUUUGAGGGAUAUCAAGACACUCUUUAUGUACAUUCCAUGAGGCAAUUCUACAGGGAAUGCGACGUUUAUGGCACUGUCGACUUCAUUUUUGGCAACGCUGCUGCAGUUUUCCAGCAAUGUAAUCUAUACGCUAGAAAGCCACUCCCCAACCAAAAGAACGCCUUCACGGCGCAAGGCCGAACCGAUCCAAACCAAAGCACGGGCAUCUCGAUCCACAACUGCACCAUCAAGGCUGCCCCAGAGUGGGUGAUGGAUUUGAAUGCGACGACAACAACGACGAUGAACUAUCUCGGGCGGCCGUGGAAGCCGUUCUCAAGGACGGUGUAUAUGCAGUCUUACAUUGGGGAUUUGAUCAGCCCAGUGGGGUGGCUGGAGUGGAAUGGAACGGUGGGAUUGGACACAUUGUAUUAUGGGGAGUUUGAGAAUUAUGGAGCAGGAGCUAACACGAGCUCGAGGGUCAAUUGGGGUGGCCAUAGCUUGAUGAAUAUCACAGAGGCUAUGAAUUUUACCGUCUAUAACUUCACCAUGGGAGAUACUUGGCUGCCCUAUACAGAUAUCCCCUUCUCUGGAGGUUUGCUAUGAA